AUGUUUUCAACACUAUCCCGCGUGGCCCCAGCCCCGUCGAGGAGCAUGCUCCAGCAUGCGUCGCCGCAGAUCCCCAAAGUUGCCGUAUUGACGGGAGCUUCGCGAGCGCUUUCUUCCACCCCUCCUAGCCAGAAAGAGGUCACAUUGCUCCAAGACAAGAAAAAUGGAUUCGGAUUCGCGCGGUCAAACCCCCGACCCCCGAAGCCACGGACGAAGGGUGUCACUGAAAUUAGAGGCCCAUACUAUACUGUGAUGGGUAAAAGAUACUUGGCGGACGUGCUUGAGACGAUGGGAACACAUGUCGACGGCUUAAAGUUUGCAGGAGGAUCAUUCUCUCUCUUUCCAGAGAAACCCUUGAGGGAACUGAUUGACCUUGCUCAUGACUACGGUGUCUAUGUCUCGACCGGCGGAUGGGCUGAACAUCUACUUACUCACCCUGACGCGAAUGCCGUCUUUGACAAAUAUCUUCGCAAGUGCAAGGACUUGGGAUUCGAUGUGAUUGAGCUCUCGUCCGGCUUUCUGUCCUUCCCUGAAGACGACUGGCUCCGACUCGUCGAUAAGGUUCACUCGUACAAGCUAAAGGCGAAGCCCGAAUUAGGAAUCCAGUUCGGUGCUGGUGGUGACACUCCGGCGUCUGGCUUGGAGGCGAUUGGCACUUCCGACCCGGCCAAGCUGGUGAACAUGGGGCGCAAGUUCCUAGACGCAGGUGUCGAGCGCCUGAUGAUUGAAUCGGAAGGGAUCACCGAGAACGUGCAGUCGUGGCGGACUGAUGUGGUGUCCAAGAUCAUGAAGGAACUUCCCCCAGAGCGCGUCAUGUUCGAGGCGGCAGAUCCCAAGGUGUACAACUGGUAUAUCCGGGAGUUUGGUAUUGAUGUGAAUCUGUUUGUGGAUCAUAGCCAGAUUGUGCAGUUGUCAUGCUUGCGCCAUGGAAUCUGGGGCACGGCCGAUACCUGGGGAAAGAUUGUAUCGUUCCGGCCAGAACGCUAUAUCAGUUUAUGCACCAUCAUGCCUAAAGCUAAUCCACCCCCUGGGGGCCGACUCCGCUGCAGACGCGCCUGCGAUAGUUGCAAGCGGAGGAAACAAAAAUGCAACGGAGAACAGCCAUGCACGAUCUGCAUCCAACGGCGCAAAGAAUCCGAGUGUCACUUCUCCGACAAACCGGCGAGACUACUCAAACCGAAUAGCAGCAGCUCCAAGGACACCAUGCUUCUCAGCGAACGGUUAGUCCCGACCCCACAGCGUCAGACCGCCAUGGACCGACUCUUGAACUCGCUCGAAGACCGGAGUGCCAAUAUGGAACAACAGGCUACGGAUGACAAGGAUGGGACGGCGCCUGUGCCCAAGGUGGCUAGGCUACUGCGUGAUGGACAAGGCAAAUUCAUGUACGUUGGCGACUCCGCCAGCUUGUCUUUCCUACAGAGUGUGCGGAGGAUUGUAUCGACUUCGAUCGGCAGAUGCGAGUUCACGGAGGACAACUCGCGACAUUCGAUGCUGGAGGCGUUCCAGAGUGGCUCUACAACACAAACAGGACCGUUGAUAUCGCCACCAAGCAAUGAAGAAGCUCAGAGGCUUGCGCGCCAGUUUGUGCUUGCUACAAGCCCGCUGUUGGAUCUGUUCGACCUCAACGAGUUUCACCCCCGGCUUGCAAAUUGGGUCGAGAAUCCGACGGGUGAUGAGGAUACUGUCAGCUCGAUAUUUUAUCUCGUCCUUGCGAUUGGCGCGCAGGUGUCUGAUAUCAAUCAAUCCCUGGCUGAGCAGUACUUCGUCAGCGGCCGUCAGUUAGCGUUUUCUGCCUUCACGGAGACCCCGAGUAUAUAUACUAUCCAGUCCUAUGUUUUGAUCUCGAUGUACAUGCUGGGCGCCUGCCGACGCAACGGAGCUUUUAUGAAUUUGGGAAUCGCGCUUCGUGCCGCGUAUGCGGUUGGAAUUCACCGGAAAGACGCGAAUGCGCUUUUCUGCACCCGGGAACGGCGGGCUCGAGAACGGGUGUGGAAGAGUCUUCGUAUGAUGGAUCUGUACCUUUGUGCCUCCUUAGGACGUCCUCCUGCGACACUAGACUUUGACUAUGAUCUGCGUGAAGAAGGGAUUUCGCCAGGGGAGCAACAGCGCCUUCACCCGGACGAGCAGUUGUCCAUGACGGUGAUCUCACUGUGCCGGAUCUUCGAACGUAUCCUGACCGAAGUCUAUAUGCGACAAGUCGUCUCAAUUACCGUCGCAGAAACCAUAUCGAAUCAACAUCGAGCUUGGGUGCGCAAUCUUCCGGUGUUUCUGCAGAUGCAGACUGAGCGGCUGGAUUCCAAGACGCUGGAAGGCACCUUGUCCGCUGCGCACAUCUUUGGUUCCUACUACUGGUCGAUUAUUCUUCUUACUCGGCCAUUUCUCAUCUUCCGAGUGUCCCAAUAUGUGCGGAAUAGGACUGAGACAACAGGAUCCUCCGACAGCAGGGCCAGCAACUCCCGCAUUGCCUUAUUUGCCGACGCAUGUGUUUACUCUGCCUUGCGCGGACUCAACAUCGUAGAUGAUCUUUCUCGCUACAAUACCCUGCCGCGCAGACUCCCAUUCCUUAUCAAUUCCGUCUUCAACUCGGCCGUGGUGUUGGGAGCCGCUUUCUUUGCCGACUACGACAAUUUGCUCCCGCUUGAGGAAGGCAUGGACAAGGCGGAGAAAUUUCUGGGCCUCUUCGUACCCCACGACCCACACGCAUGUCGCUUCUUCCAGAUCAUCAAGUAUCUCCGAGGCGCAGUGGCGGAGUAUGUUCGUCGACGGAAUCGCCAUUGGAUGGAGCGCCGCAGCCGACAAGUUGACCAGCUUUUCGGCCAAGUCGGGCCCGCCAAAGAAACCCCCAUUGCCGAAACAAAUACCCCGAGCAGUCAUCGCGGAGAACCCCCCGCUGUACCAUCUCCUUUAUCCCCCGACAAACUUACCGGAGCUUCUGCUUCUCAGCCGCCCGACUUAACUACAAGCACCACUACCGCCACUGGCCCAACCGACAGUGACAUCUGGGAUACGCUCUAUGGCGCACAAGGCGCCGACACGCUACCAUACGACACCGCAAUUUCCACGCUCACCACAACCGGAAUUCCCAUCGGUUGUUCCCCAGGCGGUACCAUCCCUGCCGGUGGAAUGCCUCCGGAUGCUCCAGGGGCGCAAACACCACUCUCGGACGUGAUUCUCCCGGACAAUGGCCUGCUCUAUAUGGCCGAAGACCUUCCCGUAUUUGGGAUUUGGGGAGAUGCUUGA